AUGUCAUCUUCUGUGCCCUAUGACCCAUAUAUUCCAGCUGAGGAAUCCCACUCGCAAACCAAAGCGGCUGCUUUGAAAGCGGAAAUCGAUGAUACUGUUGGCAUAAUGAGGGACAACAUCAACAAAGUAGCUGAGCGUGGUGAAAGACUCACAUCGAUUGAAGAUAAAGCCGAUAACUUAGCUGUUUCUGCCCAAGGUUUCAAGAGGGGGGCAAACAGAGUAAGAAAGCAAAUGUGGUGGAAGGAUUUAAAGAUGAGACUAUGCUUGGUUCUGGCAGUAAUCAUUCUGCUCGUGGUGAUUGUCGUCCCUAUCGCAGUCCAUUUUAGCCGUUAA